AUGGCUGUUCAUCGCCCUUCAGAAGCAGGACCCUCAUCAUCCUCACAUCCAUCAGAAAAUCACCAUGAAGACCGCACAAAUACACCUCCUCCAUAUUCUGGACCCACGACUCCAUCAAUGACCGCACCUUCAGCUCCUCAACCUCAACCAAAUUAUCCCGGUCUACCAAGACUCGAUUAUUCACUAUACUCGCCAAAAGGAUUUACGAUUUCCUCGGAUGCUACGACUCUCACUUCGAAGGAGCAGCGAUUGUCUGUGAAUCCGGUCGCUCUCGUCUCAUUGAUAAAAUCACUUGCUACUGUUCCUCCGAAGCCACAGAUCAGGAUCACGGGAAGGACAUCAGAUAGCGGAAGUAUUGAUUUUGAUGUGAAGAUUAAUCUGAUGAAUCUGAUCGUACCUGAUGAAGACAAGAGGGGACGAAUGAAUUAUGUGAAGAUCAUUGGUCCGGGCGACGUUGGAUUCAGAGGGGAAGGUAAGGAGACGACUUUCCCUCAUGUCAAUGGAUUAGAGGCUUGGGCACAGAAGUAUUGCGAAGAUCCUGCAAGUAUCAAGCGCUUCACAUUAGAGAGGACAGUGAUCAAUUGGGAUACUUCAUACCUGGAAGGUCGUCUCCUCUCCCUAAUCUCCAGCACCUCAUAUCGAGGCCACGUUACUAUCACCUUUCCAAUGACCCAUAGCCGUGUCGUUGUUCAUUCUCCAGAUGAAGUCAACAAUUUCUUCUCUUCAGUCAACAUGUUCUUCUCUUCAAUCACCAAAGGCCACACAGGCACGAAGAAGUACGAAGUCGUCAAAUCUAUCUGGCCGUAUGCAGAUGUAGCGAGAGGAGAGUAUGGAAGGAGAUGUGCAGUGCAGGAAGAAGAAGUCUGGUUCGCGGAUUGGAGAGAUGCGAUUAGGCAUGCUAUUCUUAGUAAGAGGAGAGGUUGGGUGACGGCUGAGGAUCGGUUGGAGUUCUUGAUGGUGCCCAAACCUGGCAAGCUGGGCCCGCAGCCGGCUGGGUGGGGUGGCAAUCGUUGA